AUGUCAGCCGACCCUACCACAGUCCCCGACCUCGACGUCGAAGACGAGCAAUACGACUCCGAAGAAGACGAGGACUUCCAACUGGACGACGCAGCCGGUGGCCAAGAAGACGAAGACGGGCUUUCAUCGUCCGAUAGCGACGAAGAGGCCGGAGCCGGCGAACCAGCCAACAAGAAACGCAAGACAGGGAAGCGACAGAAUGCGGACGACGAGGAGCUAGGGUCCGGCGACGAAGCGACCAUUCAGAAGGCGAAGGCCAAGAAAUCGAAAGGAAAGAAGCAGAAGAAGUCGAAGGAGGGCGGGGGCGCGAAAGGCGAUGAUGACGAGGACGAUGAAGAUGAUGUGGAUUUCGAUGACGAUGAAGAAGGUGGUCCGGGGGGCUUUGUCCGGACGCGAGCGAUGAAGAUGCGCACGCAGGAAGAGCGAAAACCCCUUGCGAAGAUCGACGGAGCCACGGUCGACGUUGAUGCCUUGUGGGCGAAAAUGAAUGCGCCUGAUACGGACUCAGGACCGGAUCCCUCCGAGAACGAAACACAAGAGACAAAACCCGCAGCAGACGGCGAGACGAACAAAACCGAGACGCAAGAAGCCCAAGAGCCGCCGACCACGCAACAAAAACCCAAAUACACGGAGGAGCUGGUCAAGAUCAAGCGAACCUACAAAUUCGCCGGCGAGAUGAUCACCGAGGAGAAACUGGUCCCCAAGGAUUCUGCUGAGGCCAAGAUUUAUCUGGCCAGCGGCAAUGACGCAGAGACCGUGCCUGUGGCAGACGCAGACGCCGAGCGUGCAAAUGUGAAAGCGGCUCUGAAUUUGCGCCGGCCACUUCGCAGGCUGUCGCGCUUCGAUCCGAACCCGACCGGGAGCAUCAAGAAGAGCUGGGAGAAGCAACCUGCUGCCGCGCAGGCACCCGGGACGGAAGAAGGUGCCCGUGGGCCCAAGAUCAACACCGUCGAGAAAUCCAGACUCGACUGGGCGGCGUACGUGGACCAAGCCGGAAUCAAGGACGAGCUCAAGGUGCACAGCAAGGCCAAAGAAGGGUUCCUUGGCCGCAUGGAUUUCUUGGACCGUGUGGGUGCCAAUCGAGAAGAGGAGAUGCGAAAUGCACGGUUGAAGAGGAUGUAA